AAACAACUGAAAACCACUCAACAUGCGUCUAUUUGUGACCCUUUGCACUCUUGUGGCUCUCAGCCAGGCCAAGCCCCAGGGCUACAACUACGGCAGUGGUGUCUCCGGUUCCCUGACCACCUCUAGUUCCAGCGGAGGCAGCAGUGGCGGCUUCUUGGCCGCUCCCAGCCACUCCUCGGUGGCUUCCUACGGACCUCUGGGUGCUUUCCAGACGGCCAGCGUUGGCUCCCUGGUGGGCAGUUCCUCUGCCCCCCAUGCUGUCAGCCACUAUGGCGGCCAAGGAGCCACCUACUCGACUGGCGCUGGUAAUGGAGCCACCUACUCGACUGGCGGUGGACACGGAGCCACCUACACGACUGGCGGACAUGGAGCCACCUACUCGACUGGCGGACAAGGAGCCACCUACAGCAGUGGUGGUGCCUCGAACUAUGGCGGCAGCUCCUUCACCGGCUUUGGACCCUCGCCCAACAUCGGAUUUGGGGGACUGGCCGGCUAUCAGGCACCCACCUACCAGCAGCAGCAGGAGCAGGAGGUGCAGCGCGGUUUCCAGGAGCCCAUCAUCCACAAGCAGUUCUUCACCGUCGCCGCACCCGAAGAGCAUGAGAAUCUGGAGCGUUCCAAGCACCUGGUGAUUGGACGUCCCCAGAAGAACUACCGUGUGGUCUUCAUCAAGGCCCCAUCCUCGAGCAACGCCAAUGUCAAGCUGUCCGCCGAAUAUGCGCCCAAGGAGGAGAAGACCGUCAUCUAUGUGCUCAGCAAGAAGGACAACCAGCUGGAGGUCAACGAUAUUGCCACGCCCGCACCCACGGUGCCCAGCAAGCCGGAGGUGUUCUUCAUCAAGUACAAGACCGACGCGGAGGCCUCUCAUGCCCAGCAGCAGAUUCAGGGUGAGUCGUCAACAGGAUGGCACCGUAGAUGCAAUACUAAUACACCUCCUCUUUUCUGCAGCCGAAUACGACAGGAUCGAGGGAACCUCAGAGCACCAGGAUGGCGGAGUGGCCCCUGCUCAGUCGGUGGUUGGCAUCUUGGAUGGUGGUGCUGUUGGUGCCGCCAGCACUGGCAGCUCUCACUUCGUUUCCGGAGGCACUGGCUCCACUGGGGGCAGCUCUCACUACGUUUCCGGAGGCACUGGCUCGACUGGUGGCAGCUACACCACGACCACCGGCGGCAGUUCCGGCGGCAUCUCUGGAGGAAUCACCGGAGGAGCCCUUUCCGGCGCCACCAUCAUCAAGAAUGCACAGAGUGCCACCUAUCUGCCACCCAAUGGCAAAUAGAUGAUUACUCGUAUGGAUUCAUAGCAACAAUUUUACUGUACAGUGAUGCAAUAGUCAAAGGUUUUUUUUUUGAAAGCAUAAAUAAAUUUUAAACGAAAUAGAAGAAU